AUGACCAGGCGUGUUUACACCUGCAGUCAGUCUGGACCCACACACAGCAUCAGCCCGGACUGAGCCUCUGACAGUGGGAGGGGGGGGGGACAAGUCCGCUGUCUAAGCCGAGAUAAGAAGCAGCGUUGUCGCCUGGCGGGACGGUCACAUCGGCGGUCGCUCCAGGCUGACCCCUGCUCACCUGUUCCCCAGGAGGAACGCUCCGUCGUCGGCCACAGGCUCCGGGGAGCCGGCCCCGCUGUCCACCAUGGAUGAGACAGAUGUGGAACAAGUGACCCUGGCUCUACUAGAUGCAGCCAAUGACAAAGACUCUGCGGUCCAGGAGCAGGUCAGAAAGUCCAUGUUAACGCUGGGGAAACAGCAGCCAGACCGAGUGUUAGCCAUGUGUCAGGACUAUCUCCUGAAACACCCAAAGCUGGUCGUGAGCCACAGAGUUGUGAUUCUUCGGACUAUCGAGCUUAUUGCCAGCUGCAAGAUAGAAGAGAUCACUUCCCCCAGCAUAAAAAGAAUCAUCGCUCUGGCCUCAGAUGAGAUGACACGAUCAAAGGAGGUCAUCCCUGACUGGCAGCAGGCAGCCAGCAAUAUUUUGGUUGCUGUGGGUAACAAGCACAUCAAUGACAUCAUGGAGGAGAUAUUAAACAAGUUUCAGCCGGGGGUCCUGCCUCACUUCUUUGUGGUCCAAACAUUAGCCAACCUCUCAGAGUCAAAUGUUUAUGGCAUGGUACCCUUCCUGAAUGCUAUUCUUGGCACCAUGCUUCCCAUGCUGAGCAUGGCCAAACAGGACAACAUGAAGUGGGUCUUCUCUUCUGCCCUGUGUCAUUUCAGCGACAGUAUCUUGGAGUACCUGGCCAACCUGGACAAGGCUCCAGAUCCCACAGUCAGGAAAGACACAUUCUCCAGUGAAAUCUAUGCUGCUUUUGAAAUCCUCUUCAAUAAUUGGUUACAAAGCAGGGAGUCUAAGUUGAGGCUAACAGUGGCCGAGGCAGUUGGCUCCAUGUGCCAUCUGAUGGCCAGCGAUAAACUGGAGGAGCAAAUCCCCAAACUCAUUCCUGCCGUCCUGUCGCUUUACAAGAAAAACAAUGAGCACUACAUUAUUAGCAAGAGUCUGUGCCAAGUGCUUGAUGCUUCUGUCAACAUGGGUAGCAGGGUGCUGGAGACCCAACUCGACAGUCUAUUCCUUGCACUGCAUCAACAGGUGUCUGCCCCCACGGAUUACAAUAACCCCCCGACUGUCAAGAACCACAACGAGGUCCUGCGCUGCUUCAGCCUGCUUGCUAACUCCUUCCCAGACCGACUGGUUAUGUUUGUGCUUCAGAAGUUGGAGAACAGUAAUGAGCGCAGCAGGAUGGGCUCCCUGGCUGUGCUUCGCCACCUCAUCAACUCCUCCACUUCUACAAUGGAGAGUAAGAAGCUGCUCAUUCUCGCCAGCAUCAGACAACCAAUGGCUGACCACAGCAAUAAGGUGAAGAAGCGUGUGGUCCAGGUGAUCAGUGCGAUGGCUCAUCAUGGUUAUCUAGAGUUGGAGGGAGGAGAGUUGUUGGUUCGAUUCAUAGUACAACACUGUGCCCUACAUGACACAAACCAGCGAGGCGAGAGGCAGUCAGAUCCAGAAGAGGUGACAAAUGAGGCCCUGAGGGCGAUGUGUGACAGCACCCUUCAUCUCCUGACCACCACCGUUGGACGUCUAGCUGAUGUGCUGUGGCCCAAGCUGCUGUACUAUCUGACCCCUUCACAGUUCAGCAAUGCCACCACUCCUCUGUGUAAGAGUCUGGUAGUGCUGGGCAACAAGAAGAAAAGCAACCAGGAGCCGAGCUUUAACAUCAACUUUACACAGGAAGGUAGGAGGAGUAUAUUUACCGACGAGGUUACAUUCAAUCUGCCCUCUCGCCAAACACUAAUGAUCAGACUGCUGGUGAAUGCAGCAUUCCCGUUCAGCAGCAGAGGUCACGGAGCUCCGUCUCUCGCUCUCCUUCAAAUCCUCAGCAUCAACAUUCACCACAAUACAGAGCUUCUCUGGGACAAUGAGAUCCCUCCUCUGCUGAGUAUACUCGAGGAGUCAACAGCACAGAGCCUGGAUAAGAAGUACUGGAAUGAGAAGCUGCUGAAGUUCUUGUCCAAAACCCUGGCUACUAUUGAUGAUGACAAGUGGGUGUGUCAGUUGGCAGCUGAGGCAACAAGGUAUCUCUCCACGUACAACAACGCCCUAGAGGAGAAGAGCUUCCUCUAUCAGUGUAUAGGAGUGACUCUCCAACAGUGUUUCAAUAAGGAGGUGGUUAAGAAACAACUGCAGGAAGUUCUCCUCACAGCACGACACAGUGACGCCGUCGAGAGAGAGGGAGUUGCAAUUGGCAUUGGUCUGUGUGCUAACAGCCACCUAGAGGGAACUCUGGCUAAGCUGGAUGAGUUUGGCAAAUCGGACGCCUUCAAGAAGUCACCAAGCAUUUUCAACCUGCUCAAAGAGCGUAAUGACGUCGAGGUGGAGAAGGUGAAAAGCACAUUAAUCCUAUGCUACGGUCAAGUGGCCCUGAAUGCACCUCCAGAAAAGAUACUCAACCGCAUUGAUCAAGACAUCCUCCGCUGCAUCAGCAAACACUUCAAUACCAAGGUUCUGGGGAUAAAAGUAGAGACAAAGGACCUGACUAUGAAACUGAGUUUGAUUCAGAGUGUUGGCCUCAUAGCCAAAGCUAUCAGUGAGUGUGUGAAGAAACAAGGCUACAUCUUCUCUCGCAAACAGGAGCUCAUUGGUGUUAUGCUGGAUUUUAUCAAGGCAGAGCCAGCCGAUUCUUUGCGGACUCCAGUACGCCAUCUUGUGAUGACCACGUGUGCCAACUUAAUACCAUUGGACCCUGUACUGAGUGAGAACGAGAGCUUUGACUUACUAAAGGUUUGUGUGAACAGUGUGUUUUCUCUGCCACCUGAGACACACACUCCUGAGAAAACUAAAGAAGAGGAGAUACUGGACCCCAAGAAGAGAAAGGCAUUACACAAAGACACAUUGGCUGCACUGCAGGAGCUGCUGAAGAGUGUACUGGCCAAGGAGCCCACACCCGAUGGCCUGCAGAAUGUCUUCAAGCACAUUGAAUCAUGGCUGACCUCUGGACAUGACCACGAGAGAGAGAGAGCCGUCACAGCUACUGCUCAUUUACUGGCUUACUACCUGGAUAACCUGACUGUCAAGAACAUGGUUUCCUUCCACAACCUUGGAGCUCUGCUGGGUCGACUGUCUCCGCGCUGCUCUGACCCUCAGCCUGCUGUGCGCACUGCUGCUAUUAACUCUAUAUACACACUGCUUUAUAUACAGCUGCGAUAUGAAGGUUUCUCACUGGAUUAUAAGGAUGAAGCUGUGGACAGUCUGUUGCCCCUAAGAGACCGACUAGAAAACCCUGAUCACUCAGUUCUCUAUAAGACCUGCUCCGACCUCACCAAGGUGAUGAGUAAACGUCUGCCUCAGCAGCAGAUGACGACGUUGGUGUUCAUGUUGUUUGAAGGGUUGGCCGACAGUCAGACAAACUGCUGCAGAGCUUCGUCUGUCAUCCUGAACACGCUGCUGAAGAGCAGAGGAGGCGGACUGCAAGAGCUGGUACCAGAGAUGCUGGAGGUGCUACAUGUGCGUCUGCAGAGCAUCACAGAGGAGCAGGUGAGAGUGGCAGUGGGACAGACGGUACUAAUCCUGGCUUCUCAGCAUCUACAGACGGUUUUCAACACACUAGUUAACCAACCUCUUCCAUAUGACAGCUGGACCAGUGAGAUGUGGAUGGCCUUGGGAGCAGAUCCCAUCGUAGCCAAUCAGAUCAUAGAGAUGGUGAUGGAGAAGCUCGUCAUCAUGGCUCCCUACGUAGACAAGAAGGAGUACGUGAUGAGAGGAGGGACAACAAAGGUGGCCACAAAUCAGCCGCUGGCUAUGACGUGCGGUCUCAAAGAGCUGUUGUUAAACGGCCAGACUCAGGAGCCGGCAGUCGCUCUGUUUCCUCAGCUCUUCUCCUGCCUAACUGUCAGAAUAGGAGCAAGUGUUGGAGUGUCUGCGCCAAAGGACCACAACAAUAAAUACAUUGCCUCCAUCCACGUAGCAGGGGUCGCAGCUGAUGCCCUGAGAAUCUUGUUAGCACGUGGCCAGUUAGAUGAGGUAAUGAAAAGACUGGAUGAGGAUAACGCCUGGGACGCAAUAAGGGAACCGAAUACACACGUUACUGGUGUUACACUGCUAGCAAGGGCGAUGGCUAAACAUGCUGGUCCCAGGUUGCCUGCCAUUGUGGAGUGUCUGUGUCCGUCCCUCAACAACAUCUAUGAAUGCCAGAGAAUCACCGUCACUGCUUUCUUCUCUGAGCUGUUGAACCAUCACGUGGUGACGGAGCUGAUGUUGAUAGACGUCUUAAUGAACAACAUGAUGGAGAGAAUAUCAGAUCCCAAUUGCACCGUCCGCAUGUUAGCCGUGCGAGGGCUGGGCAACAUAGCUCAGGGAUCACCUGAAAAAGUGAAUAAAUAUGCCAAGGAGCUGCUUGCAGCCAUGAGUUCAGGCAUGGAAGAGAAAGAUGAUCCAGGUAAGCUAAUUACUCUUGAGGCCAUGUCAGGCCUGUCCAAAGUUCUCCUCUACCUGGACAAGAAGAACGUCCACUUAAUGGUGGUUUAUAUCUUCAUGAAGAUUAAACCGUUCUUGGAAAGUGAGAAUGACGAGAUCCGGUGUGCUUCCAUCUACCUGAUGGGGAACCUGUCCAAGUUUGGCUCAGGAGAGCAAGUGUUUAAAGACCAGAUCCACAAUGUUCUGGUCAGCCUGCUUUUACACCUGGUUGACCCCAACCCACAUGUCGUCAAGGCGUGCAAGUUUGCGAUGCGUGUGUGUGCCCCUGUGGUGGGAUCAGAACAGAUCACCACCAUGUUUCAGAACCACCUCCAUGAUGACAAGAGCCUGCACUAUGGAGAGUUCAUUAAUGACCUCACCAAGUACCUGAUCCAGGACUUUCCAGGCAUGCUGAACUUCUACCACAUAUCAGUCAUCCAGUUCUUCAAGAGCAACUGGCCUGAGGUCAGAGCAGGAGCUGCCAUGUUCAUAGGGUUUCUGCUGGGGAAUCUUCCAGAGGAUCUUCUCUCCCACCUCAACAUGGGAACCAUCUCUAAAGGUUUAGUAAUGUUGCUCCAAGAUCCAGAUCCAGUGGUGAGGGUGAAGGCUGCUGAGGCCAUGGGACACUUCCACUGAGAGAUACACACUCACACACACACAGACCUACAUAUAUACAAGUACAAAUUACUUUUAGUGGGGUGUAAGGUCACCACUUCAUAAAAUACAUGAUUUGGCACUGUGUUUACAAAAACAUGCAGAUCCCACCAUUUACGCAACUGUAACAUUCAUUCAAACCAAAACAGGAAAAUAUUUUGGGCCAGAGGCCAAACAGUCACACUCCUCAGUGUUGCAAAACCCUACCAAUGAACACGCAUAUUAUAUCAUACACACACAUGCACUUAUAUUGAGCCAUUAGCAGCUUUGAUUAGCUUCUUUUGGCACUUGUUAACGGUACUUAACUAUAUACUAUACACUAGUGACCAAAGAUUGUGCUGCUCUUCACACAUUGACGUCGUCCGUUCAGUCAGUGUGACAGUACCAUAGAUACACUCUGUCCCUCUCAUCAAAUAGAAAUUAUAUAGUACUUCAAGGUUUAUCUAAUGCAAAAGGUUAAAAAAAAAAGUUGUACUUUACUGAUACAUUGUUUUAGAAUACGUAUAGUUUCUUCAGAUAUUAUGUGCAAGUGAUGAAGAGAAAUGCAUGUUUUAAGGAACACAACAUAAAUAUUUCACAUGACUGCCUGUGUGUGUGCGUGUGUGUCCGCGUGUGCGCACGCGUUUGAAAGACCCUCCGUCUUAUCAAUCUGAUGUCCUUCAGUUUGCUCUGAUUUGUCUUCCAUUAAAAACCAAUUAUAUAAUAAAAUAUACAUUUUAGAUUAGUUUAGGAUGAGUAAAACAAAAAAAUACAUAUAAUUAAAAAAAUGAAAUGCUAAAUGCACAAAAAACGACAGCAGAAAUAUUCUCUGUGAUUCAUAGAUGUUGGUGGAGGUUUGUAAUUAAAAGAAAGCAGGGUGGAUACGUGGUCAUCGACUGAGAGUCACUGUUCCUCCUUCUAUGGGAGCCUCAGCUGACGUGGUAACUGUGAGGCUCAGAACCGGAUGAAUGAAAGAAUGUCGUCAUUGAUUAAACACAAAGCUCCGCUCCAUUUUCUAAGCCACAGAUUAACUGUUUUGCAAAUCACUGCCACCACCACAACUGAUCAUCUCUGCGGUCCGCUCCACCCAGACCACAGUCUGUUUCAUCUGAAUCAUCAGUUUACGAAUUAGUCAUUUUAACGAAGCAACGUCUUUGUUCUUAUUCUCUUUUCACGUUUACAUCCACUCAUGAACCAGCCAGUUAAGACGUACCAGUGUUACUAGGCAGAACAGACCUGCGGAGCCACGCUGACAACAGUUUAUGCCAAAUGUCUGUUGAUAUCAUAUAUUAUAAUAGCACUAUGCAGGUGUUCUAAAUGAUUUUCUCUUUAAUUUUCAAUGCACUUGAUUGAAUUGAGCGGUUGAGCUUGUACAAUUUUAACGUCAUGUAAAUAUGUGAGUGUUGUAUUAUGUAGGAUGUCUGUACAUGGUUGUCUCUUACGGUAUAUGGAGAGAGGGACGCAGACUGAUCCAUUAUGGAGUUAUUCGGUGAAAUAUCCAAUAGAGAAUCAGGUGAAGCCAAUACGUUUCUGUAUUCCUAACACUUUUGUCUUAAAGUAUGAUCGUGUGUUUGUCCAGCUUCAAAGUUUCUGUUUGCACUUUUAAGCUCUGUCACGUGCAGUAGUCCCUGACGGGCGAACCUCAGCAAAACUCCCUCACAAAGUCACGUCUCUUCGGGAGAACAUUGACCUUUUUUUCUUUUGCCCUCGGAUAACUGACAAGAAAAAGCUGAUUUUAGCCGUCGAUCUUUGGUUUCAUGUAAAUGUGACAGGAAGACAGAUGUUUUACGUAAUGUGAUGAUGAAAACAAAAGCUGGUAAAAAUCUGUUUUUCUUUGCUCUGAUGUUGUACAAACAGGGACCCGUGGAUUCUAGCACUUUCUAACACUAUGGCUUAUUGGUUUCAGGUGAACGGCGAUUAGGAAUUAGCAGCGUUCUCAGUUUUAAACUCUGUUACAUUAUACCACUUUAUAGAGCUGAUAUGAUUUUUUUAUGUCUUUUCUUUUUUUUUUUUUACAUGUUUAAUGUUGGUAAUAUAAUUUGUCAGUAUGUCUGGCACAUGGAGGUACGGCUACUUUAAAUGGCUCAUUUCUGAGUUUCUUAAAGUGAGAAUGUGUGCAGGUCACUUUUCAUUUGUUACACGACUAGAAGAGAGUUGAUGAUGAAGAUGAAGAGGACAAUGUAUUUGAAAUGAAGAAAUAAACAGAUUCAUCAAAACAUA